CUGUCUCAUGUAACAAUUGUUUCAAUGCAUCCACUCUUGCUGUAAGGGAAUUUAAUGUGUAUAGCUUGUAUUAAAACUGCUAUGAGGACUUCAUGGAUUCCAGAAAUAGAAACAUGAAAAGGCCUUUUGUGCAAGUUGAUUUUGUUGAAAAGCUAGUCGAUGUGGCAACUGACUUAGAUUCACUUCUAAAAAACCAGGUGAAAGAAGACCAUUUAAAACACAAGGCUAAAGAAGAAAAAAAAAGUAGUCACUUAGAGUGUUUUAGUUGUGUUCGUUGUGAAAAAGACUUUAUGUUAGAAAAAGAAGCCAUUUUCUACAGAUGUACUGAAUGUGAGUAUGAAGCAUGUAGGUUUUGCCACCAGCCCAAACAGGCCAGAUUAAAUGACAGACAUGAUGGGUGCAGAAUUUUACACCUUGCUGGCAGUAAAUGCUUCACUGAUCCAAAAAUAUUCCCUGCCAACUGGCAUUCAUUAUUCAGUGCACAAAUUUUUAUUGUAGGUUGGCAGUCACUAGGCUGGCAGUGUCAAGUUGAGCUCAACAGCCUUGAGGGGCAAGCAAUUAUAGAUAUGUUUUGUAGUACAUUUUUUAGGCCAUCAAAUCUCAGAUCCAUCAUGCGAAUACAAAACCAACAAUUGUGGGAGAAAUACUAUCUGAAGAGGAAGCAUAUGGUGGAACAGAUAGGACUUGACAAGAUCAAAGAACGAGCACUCUUCCAUGGAACCAAGAAAGAAAAUAUAAAUUUGAUUUGUCAAGAAGGUUUUGACAUAAGAGUUCCAACAGCCAAUGGAGAUAAAUGUGGGAAAGGAAUUUAUUUUAGCCCAUAUUCCCGUUUCUCAUACCAUUACACUGGAGGAUGCAAAUGUAUGAUUAUAGCGCGGGUGUUGUGUGGAAAUUCUACUGUAGGGUCCAGGGCAAUGACCCGUCCACCUAAAGACAGCUCGGGCAGGUUUUACGACACAACUGUCAACAAUCUGAACUGGCCAGUCAAAUAUUGUGUGUUUGACAACAGUCAGUGUUACCCAGCCUACAUUAUUGAGUACUCUGAGAAAACAAAAGAAAAACGAAAAGAGUGUUAUUAAAGACUUUGUAGGACUACUUUGAGAAAUCCAACUUAAAAAAAUUGAAUAUUUUAGAAUUUUAUUUUACCUGAUUGGAACCUAAUUUUUAUUUGCUAUUUAUGAUUGUGUAAGCUGUUUAAUGGGCAUUGUGAUUAGCAUUUCACCACUAUAUUUUUUUAAAACACAAAUUAUUUUCAGUUUUCUUUUUGUUUUGCUGCCUAUGUUAAUUAUUGAUUGGGACAAGGUUCAUUGGGUUAUUUUUAGGGUUCUCAGUGCAAUAGGCAGCAGUAUCUUUUGAAGGUUGGUCAGUCCUCCAUAUGAACAGUAGGAUCUUUCUUAGUGUGCUCAAACCAUGUGAACAAUAAGGUCUGUCUAGGGCUGGUCAGUAUAGGACAACAUCAUUCUACAUAAAGAUUUUGAAUCACUUGAUUGUAAACAGCUGACACCUGCUGUCAAUCUCUUAGAGAUUCUAAACUUGAGAUUAGCACUCAGUUGUUCACAAAUGAUAACCCAACCCAUGACCCAGCUACAUAAUAUAAGUUUGUAUGACCCAACCACAUGACCCACCUAACUGCAAGUCGCAAGUGGGUUGGAAAUGCUCUUAAAUCUCAAUACAUUUUGUGAAUUUCAGUUAAAUAUCUUUGUUAUUUCAUGUUCACUUAUCACCACCCUUACACACACAUACACCCUGAUUGAAAUAUGAUGUUUAAGUAAG